AUGUUGUCGUGCGCUGGUGCCGAUAGAUUGCAGACGGGUAUGCGUGGUGCCUUCGGAAAGCCCAAUGGUACCGUUGCGCGUGUGAACAUCGGUCAGAUCAUUCUGUCCGUCCGCACGAGGGACAACAACCGUGCCACCGCUCUCGAGGCUCUCAGGCGAUCCCAGUACAAGUUCCCUGGUCGCCAAAAGAUCAUUGUCUCCAAGAACUGGGGUUUCACCAGCCUUCGUCGCGAGGACUACGUCGUCAAGCGCCGUGAGGGAAAGAUCAAGAUUGACGGUGCUUACGUUCAGUUCCUCCGCAACAAGGGCCCUCUCGAGAAGAACGUCCAGCGUUUCCCUGAUGCUUUCGAGCAGGAGGCGUAG